CCCCACGGUAGGAUGGUGGACGCCCGGGUCCCUGGCCUCGCGCCCACCUUGCUCCUCAGCGUGCUGGCGGGCGUCCGACGGGUGAGCGCCUGGGAGACUGUGACUAAAUGUAGCCUCUUGAAUCCUUGUCCCAAAGGAUUCAAAUGCUGUGGUGAUAGCUGCUGUCGGGAGGAAGAUGUCUUCUCUGGUCCCUUGAGGAUUUUCAUCAUCAUAUUCCUGGUCUUCCUGCCCCUCUUGUGCAUAUGUGGCCUGGUGAAGCGUUUCUGUCGCAGCUGCAGGAAGCGGGAGCAGGACCCCAUGCUGUCUCCCCAGCACCAGAGGCCCCCAGACCAGCCCUCUGCUGCUUCCUCAGAGAGGAUCUGGACCACCACCUGGGACGCCCCACCGCCUUACAGUGAGGUUAUUCUGAAGCCUGCCCUGGGCCCUCUUCCCACAGAGCCACCUCCUCCCUACAGCCUCAGGCCCGAGGAUCCUGAUGGUGACUGCGCACCGAGGGGCAUUGACAAUCCAGCCUUCUGAGCAACCUCACUGCAGUGCCUUCUGCAUCAAGCCCGCGACCUCAAGGGCGCCUGGAAAGCCUCAACCCACCCUGCUAUGUCUUGGGUUGUUCUUGGAUUUAACUUACUGCUUUUUCUGCCUCUGUCCUU